AUGGAGGAUGAUAUCCCUGAGCCUCCACAAAUGGAGCAGGCUGAGGAACAAUAUGAUGCACAUGCUGAUGAUACUGAUGAUGCUGAUGAUAUUCAUGAUGAUGUUGCACAUGUUGAUGAUAUUGAUGAGCAGGAUCAGCAAACCGGAUUUCCCGAGAGACUAAUGGUGACACAUGUGUUGACACAGUAUGAACACCACGUGGCUCGGAGGCUAUGUGAAGGAGAGAUAUAUGAUCGUGGAUCGUUAAAAGUUAUUACUCAUGGAUUGAAGCUGAAGAAGUUUACCGAAGUUCUUGUGCCAGAUCCUGUAGAGCAUUGGAUUCGGGAAUCUGGACUGCUACAUUUGUCUUCAGCCUACCUCACUAUGACUGAUGUUGGUCUGAUAUCCGUAUUUAUUGAAAGAUGGCACAAGGAAACCAACUCAUUUCAUUUGCCAUUUGGAGAGAUGACUAUCACGUUAGACGACGUUGUGACUCUCCUUCACAUUUCACCCCAUGGUAAAUUUUUUUAUGCACAUGUGAAUAUGAACACUAAUAAUGAUGCAAGAGCUACACAUGAGUACUUAGGUGCACCAUAG